ACACUUCGUUGAAAUUUCAAUCUUAAAAUUAAAAUCACAACCCCGCAAUUAUAAUCUCUCAUUCUCUCCUCUCUCCUCUCUCCUCUCUCACCCUUGACCUUCACAUCAUAUACUACUAAAAACAUAUUCACAAUUUCACACUACAACUCCACAAAAUCUCUCUUAACACAUUUUAUCUUCUUAAGAUUUUAAGACAUGGAAAAGUUGAACAAAUAAAUCACACUCAAAUCUCAACUUUGAGAUACUUGGAGUUAAUUUAGUUGUUUAAAAAGUAUGGAUAUGAAGUUGAUGAAUCUUCAUGAGAAGAUACAUGUUGCUUUGACCAAUGAAAUGCAAGAACAAGAAGGAUGUUUGACUUUAAAUUGGGUUAUUAAGAAAUGGGUUUCUCAUAAUCAUCCUAUAUCUAUUGUUAUUCUUUUCAUCAAUUCUUCUUCUUCCUUUGAACUUGUUGAUACCCCAUUUGGAAAACUGCCUGCAAGUUCUUUGAGUGAUGAUAAAUUAAAUAUUUUGAAGAAGUGUGAAGAGGAGAAAAUUGACAAACUUCUAUAUAGAUACAUUGCCUUUUGUGGAAAAGUAAAAACAGAGGUGCACAAAAUUACUAAACAUGAUGAACCAAUUCAAAAGACUAUGAUUGACUUAAUCAUAGAGAGGAGAAUUACCAAGUUGGUCAUGGGAAUGCCAUAUAUGAGAUCAUCAUCAGGGAGAUCAAAGAACACAAUUAGUGGAUCAUUUUACAUUGAUCGAACAAAGCCAGAUUUCUGUGAACUAUUCAUAUUAUGCAGAGGGAAAUUGGUAAGGCUAAAAGAGGAAAAUGAUGAAGGGUACAUGGAGGAUGAAGAUGGGGUAAUUGUGGCAAAAUUGAAGCAGAAAACUAGUUUUAAGGGUUGGUUAGGAAAAAUGUUAUCCCAUGGACAAGAGAGAUCCACAACAUACUCCUCACCACGUUGUUCGAGCUCGGAUUCGGAGUCCCCAUUGUCAAGGAAUGGUAAUAAUCAUUGGGAGUUGUAUGAACAAGAUAUUGAGGAGUAUUUUCAGGAGUUGUUAUUAGUGUCAAAUUCAUUGGAGAAUAGAGAAAAUGGGGAGGAAAAUGGAUCAUGUAAUAUGAAUAGUACAAGUGAGCAAAACAUUCUUGCUGAUGGUAUACAGGGUGCUGGUGACAGAAUUGAAGCCCUAAAAAACGAGAUACAAGCAGCUCGCGUAACAAUCGAGUCAAAUGACAAUGAAGCCAGAGCUGAAGUUGACAGACAAGCCAAAGCUUCAUGGGCUAUUUGCUUGUCCAAUCAUCGGGCCGAGCAACUCCAAGCUGCUAUAGCAGAAGAGAUCUCAACAAGAGACGACCUAGCCAAAGAUAUAGACAACACGAAAGAGCAGAUUCAUGAAAUCCUGGCUGAUGUGCAAGAGAGCAAGGACAGGAUAAACUCGUUACUUGAGCUCCAAUCUGAGCUGUCGAGCAAGCUACAGGUGUCCUCGUUUGCAAACUUAGGAGCCGAAAGUCAGCUACAGAGUGCAGCCUACUCAAGAAGUGAACUUGUGAGGGAAAUUGAGGAACUAAGAAAGCAAAGAGAUGUAUUCCAACGAAGGAUCGAGUUCUGCAAAGAAAAGGAUGCCAUUGGUUUGGCUACUAGGACGAGUGAUCAGGUGAGUUGCAGUUACAGGGAGUUCAGUGCAAAUGAGAUCAGAUUGGCUACCGAUAACUUUGCUACAUAUAGAAAAUUAACAUGUGGGCGAGAAUGGACUAAUGUGUACAAAGGCCGGAUCAAUCGCAUGUCUAUUGCAGUCAAGAUGCUUGAUUCUGUUGCUGAUAUGUCCCAGGAGCUUUUCCAAGCAAAGGUGAAUCUCUUAGCAAACAUCCGGCAUCCCAACAUCACAGCAUUCAUUGGCUUCUGCUCAGAGCUGAAGUGCUUACUUUUCGAAUACAUGCACAAUGGUUGCUUAAGAGAUAUCUUGUUCUCAAGGACAAAAGCCAGGACACUCCAAUGGCACCAAAGAACACAGAUUGCAGCUCAAGUCAGUUCGAGCAUGAGAUUUCUCACCCUGGCGGAGCCCAGUCCCAUAAUCUGUAGUGAGCUCAACCCAUCCACCAUCUUUCUGGACCGGAGUUUUGUGGCGAAGCUCCAUUCUUUCGGGCUCACACCAUCCUGUGAUGAGGCUGAUGUAGAAGCCAAUGUAGGAGCUUUUGGAGACUUGCUCCUUCAGCUUCUUACAGGGAGGAACUGGGCCAGUCUUGAUCACGAGUCAAUGGUGAUCGACAGACAGGCCAUUCUCAAAGCCUUGGAUAAAAACGCGGGUCAUUGGCCUAUGGAUUUGGUAGAGGAGUUUGUGGAGCUAGCAGUGAAAUGUAGGUCAGUACACUUGGAACCUAAUGUAGGAGUUUUUAUGUCUUCAGUGACAAACGAGUUGAUUGUGCUAAAGAAGAAGGCUGAUGACAUGAUUAUGAGGAUAGAUCAUCAUAUAGGAAGUGAAGAUGGUGCAUCCUCGAGCGAUGAGUGGAGUCAUGUUCCCACAAAUUUCCUCUGUCCUAUACUGCAGAUAGUAAUGGACAAUCCACAUAUAGCAGCAGAUGGAUACUCAUAUGAGCUUGAAGCUAUUGAAGAAUGGUUGGAAAUGGGACACAAUACUUCUCCAGUAACCAACCAGAAGCUAAAGCACAAGUAUCUCGUCCCCAACAACAAUCUGCGCUUUCUCAUCCAAGACUGGCGUAGGUUUAUCUCCAUACUGGAUAAUAUGGAUUCUUGAUGCAUAUUCUCUCCAUCUCGACAACAAACUCUCAGUGUUCCACAUAUGUGUUUGUCCAUGUUUUAGAAGUCAUGUGUUUCACUUCAUUUUAGAGUGGGAAAAAGUGUAUACUUCCUCCGUCCUAUAAUAUAGUGCAUACUUCAUUUUUGGUGGGUCAAAUUUAAAAAUCUUUGACCGAAUAUUCUCAUUUGUAUAUAUAAAAAAACAUAUUAAUGUGGGAUCUUGGUAGAUUCGUCUCAAUGUGUAGUUUCAUAAUAUCAAUAUCUAUAUUUUUUAUUAA